CGCCAGGCUCCUGGUGAGGUCUGCGCGGGCGGGGACGGCGACCGAGCCAGCGAGAGAGGGUGGGACCGAGUGGGGACCUGUGGGCGGCCGCCGUGUCUCCAGCUGCUGCCCUCCCUCCGCCACGAUGCCGGGGAUCGACAAGCUGCCCAUCGAGGAGACGCUGGAGGACAGCCCGCAGACAAGGUCUUUACUGGGUGUAUUUGAAGAAGAUGCUACAGCUAUUUCCAACUAUAUGAACCAAUUGUAUCAAGCUAUGCAUCGGAUUUAUGAUGCACAGAACGAGUUAAGUGCAGCAACACAUCUGACUUCAAAACUUAAAGAAUAUGAGAAACAGCGUUUUCCAUUGGGGGGUGAUGAUGAAGUUAUGAGCUCUACUUUGCAAAAUUUUCAAAAGUUUAUAGAUGAGCUUAGCUCUUGCCAUGCAGUGCUCUCAACGCAGCUUGCUGAUGCCAUGAUGUUCCCCAUUACCCAGUUUAAAGAAAGAGAUCUGAAAGAAAUAUUGACAUUAAAGGAAGUGUUUCAGAUUGCUAGUAAUGAUCAUGAUGCUGCAAUUAACAGAUAUAGCCGAUUCAAAAAAAGAGAAAAUGACAAGGUGAAGUAUGAAGUAACAGAAGAUGUCUACACUUCCAGGAAAAAACAACACCAGACCAUGAUGCAUUAUUUUUGUGCAUUAAAUACUCUUCAGUACAAGAAGAAAAUAGCUUUGUUAGAACCUCUACUUGGGUACAUGCAAGCUCAGAUAAGUUUCUUUAAGAUGGGUUCCGAAAACCUCAAUGAACAACUGGAAGAAUUCUUAACUAAUAUUGGAACAAGUGUACAAAAUGUUCGCAGGGAAAUGGACAGUGAUAUAGAAACCAUGCAGCAGACAAUAGAGGAUUUGGAAGUAGCCAGUGACCCUUUAUAUGUGCCUGACCCAGAUCCCACGAAAUUUCCUGUUCAUCGAAAUUUAACCCGAAAGGCGGGAUACCUUAAUGCUAGGAAUAAAACAGGCUUGGUAUCAUCUACCUGGGACAGACAGUUUUACUUCACUCAGGGUGGAAACUUAAUGAGUCAGGCCCGUGGGGAUGUAGCAGGAGGCUUGGCCAUGGACAUAGACAACUGUUCAGUCAUGGCUGUGGACUGUGAAGAUAGGCGGUACUGUUUUCAGAUAACCUCUUUUGAUGGGAAAAAAUCUUCAAUUUUGCAAGCAGAGAGUAAAAAAGACCAUGAAGAGUGGAUCUGUACGAUAAACAAUAUAUCUAAACAAAUAUAUUUAAGUGAAAAUCCAGAGGAAAUUGCUGCACGAGUAAAUCAGUCAGCUUUGGAAGCUGUCACUCCUUCUCCAUCUUUCCAGCAGAGGCAUGAGAGCCUGCGGCCAGCAGGACAAUCUCGACCAUCAACAGCUCGAACUAGCAGUUCAGGAUCUUUAGGAUCUGAGUCCACAAAUUUAGCUGCCCUCUCUCUGGAUUCUCUUGUUGCCCCAGACACCCCAAUACAAUUUGACAUUAUUUCUCCCGUGUGUGAAGAUCAGUCUGGUCAGGCGAAAACUCCUGGCCAGGGAGGCAGGCGGACAAAUCCAUUUGGAGAAUCUGGAGGAGGUUCAAAAUCUGAAACUGAAGAUUCUAUUCUUCAUCAGUUAUUUAUUGUCCGAUUCCUUGGUUCUAUGGAGGUGAAAUCAGAUGACAAUCCAGAUAUUGUUUAUGAAACAAUGCGCCAAAUCUUAGCUGCCCGGGCCAUCCAUAACAUCUUUCGUAUGACAGAAUCACAUUUGUUAGUCACUUGUGAUUGUUUGAAGUUAAUUGAUCCACAGACACAAGUUACAAGGCUCAUGUUUCCAUUACCUAGUGUAGUUUUGUAUGCUACACACCAGGAAAAUAAGAGGCUUUUUGGAUUUGUUCUUCGGACAUCCGGAGGGAAAAGUGAAAGUAACCUGUCAUCAAUCUGCUAUAUAUUUGAAUCAAACAAUGAGGGGGAAAAGAUUUGUGAUUCUGUUGGACUGGCAAAACAGAUAGCUUUGCAUGCCGAACUGGAUCGUAGGGCAUCAGAAAAACAAAAAGAAAUAGAGAGAGUAAGAGAGAAGCAACAGAAAGAACUCAGUAAACAAAAACAAAUUGAAAAGGACUUAGAAGAACAAAGUCGGUUGAUAGCUGCUUCCAGUAGACCAAACCAAGCCAGUAGUGAGGGGCAGUUUGUUGUCCUUAGCAGUAGCCAGUCAGAAGAGAGCGAUUUGGGAGAAGAAGGAAAGAAGAGAGAGUCAGAAGCAUAAACUUACCCUUGCUUUUGGUUGAUAGUUCCCCCCUUCAAAUUUAUUGACAAUUUCUGUGGUGAAAUGACACAAGGUAACAAUGUUGAAAUAUCAAGGAGGAGACUAAAGUUUAUAUUUGCUUGUUUUAACUUCAUUUUAAAAAUAACAUUGACCUUGAUGACAGAUUUGCAUUAAUUUCUUUUCCUUAAAAAUAAUAAUCUAUGCAGUAACAUCAAAUUCCACAUAUCUGAAAGAAACCUGUUCGUUUCCCUAAAGUAGAUUGCUGAGGAAUUACACUUACUCAAGCCUUUUUUCCUUCAAAUUGUGAUUUUAUUAUUUUGCAUUGUAAUUGGCUAUGACUAUAAGAAAUUGUUUCUUCUUCAGCUUCAGAUAUUCAUGGUAUGCUCCCUCUAUUUCAUUAAGAAUGUUUUCUUGGUAGUGAGGAAGCUUUUGACUGAAUAGGUUCAAAACCCUUUAUAAAGAGAAUUCUACAAGUUUGCAAAUAUUUUAACAUAUUAAAUGUGCAAUAGAACUUUUAUAAAAUAAUGAGAAAAGCGAUUUUAGACUUAAGGUUUUAAAUUGUGGCAGGUGGUACUGUGGAUUUCAAGGCACUUUCUUGGAUUGUUCACAUUUCUCUGGUGUUAUGCACCUGAUGCCGUUGGGAAGGAAGCUUGUGUCUUCAGUUCAGUUAUUGAUACAGCCCUGGGCAUUUUAUUACUGCAUUCUUAGUUCUCAGGUUGGAACUUGAAUUAUUGCUGCAGAGCAGUAAUGGUUAAAAUAAGACUCUGGAAUUUAUUAAAAGGGAUUUUUUUGUUAAGUACAUUUUAGACUAGGAUGUAACAUAUAAAGAUAUUGUUACAGGAUAAUACAUUGUAUUUUCUGCAUUGAGUGAGAUAAUUUUUAUUGAAAAUCAAGUGACAUUUCAAAAGAAGUUCUAUAACAAUUAUGUUUUCUGCUUACAGUAAAAAUUCCCAGAGAUUAGUUUAGAAAAUGUAGUCUUCUAAAUUUCAGACUGAUACACAUAGUAUUUUCAUAACCCCAUGUUUUGAUAAAAUACUGACACCACUUUAUAUCCACAAAGGAAAAUAACUAAUAUACACAAAUAGAAUAAUUUGCACUAAUUAUUGUAAAUACUUGUACUCUUCCGAUGAGUGAAAUGUCUAGCUCCAUGAAAGACUUAAAAGGAAUUGAAUGCUUGGAAUAGGAGAGUUGAUGAAGGAAGGACUUUAGCAUGGUGUCAAGGUUAAAACAACAUUUCUGUUGCCUACUUCUUUGUCAACACUUGAUUUUUUUUCUUUACUCAGAUUUUUAAUGUUGCUAAUAGAAAUUAUGUUCCUAUGUUUUAUAUGUAAAAGCAUAUAUAGACAAGUUAAGUAUAUUAAAUAAACUAUUUUACAGUUAUACAUUUAAAAUUUUCAAGAGAUUAGCCACUAAGACUAAUUUUACAAGGGAAAAGUCUUUUUUUAUAUAUACAGUUUUUCUUCUUAGUUUUGAAUUAGAAAUGGCAUUUAUUUAGUUCUCACAAUAUAGGGUUGCUGCUUCACACUGUAUGUACAAUGUUUUCUGUAGGAAUGGGAUAGGUAAUUAUAUAUAGGGUCAUGAUCCUCUUUUAUCCAUGUGCCAAAUGGGAAUAAUGAUUACUUGACAAUCAUUAUUUUGCAGCCUUAGGUUACCAAAACAUUUAGUAAAAAAGUAGAAAUUUAUUGGAUACUUUUUGAAAAAAGUUUAUUUUGUGCUUUUAAAGGGAAUGGUUUUCACAACAGUCUGUGUCAUUCCUUUUAUAGAAGUUGAAAUUUCUUCUGCAGUCAGCACUUGAUUAGUCUUACAGGUCAUGCUUUUGGGACCUUUCUGAGAAUUAAUAAGCUUUCUGUUUCAUUAAGUUAUUUGUUCAUACUAUUAAGUUGUCGACUCAGCUCAGAUGAAAUUUGUCACCCUACAAGGGAAAUAGUCAGCAUUAGGAGGCAGUUUUACUAGGCUGGUGCUUUGCAGUUAGCAAAGUGCUGCCCUUUUGUUAGCACUCUGGGUCAAGUGUUGGGUAGGGUUAAGGGUACUGGAAGGCAUAGGGGUGGUGGACAGACUUAUAGUUCCUUUAAGUCAUGUUGUGAUAGAAUUUGCACAAUAAUACACCCAUGUCCAUAGGUCAGACUAAAGCGCAUUCUAACACCAAACAGAAGUCAUGUGUGAGUUUAAUAAUUUUAGGUGAUUCACCUUCGGUUCCAUUACUGUAGUACAAUAUGAACUAUUCCAUUUCUACAGAUAUUUAAGCAUCAACUUAAUAAACUCUCUUUUGAUUAAAGAAGGCUGCCUGUGGGUUUUCUGCAUAAUGUUUAAAUUGACCUUUUUGUCUGUUACCCUUUGAAACCCCUUCUAGCUUUGGGAUGCUUUGGUGUUAAUUGAAUUAGAUUUUGGAGUCUCUUAGAUUCAAACUUGCACUUAAUGGUUUUUAUAUAUUAACAAAACUGAUUCUUUAAAAGGAAGAAAUUAAGUCUACCUAAUUCUGCUAUGCACUCUGUUAUACAUAUGAACAGUUCUUUUGUACCUGUGGUAAUGAAGUCAAUAGAUAGAACACAAGUCGUUCCUUCUCCCGUUCAAAAUGUUCAGAACUUGCUAAUAAGGGACUAAAACUAUUACCUUAAACAGAAUCCCCAAAGCCAGUCUGGUUUUUGCCAUGUCUACAAUGAUUACUUGGUGUUUAAUUUCAAAAGAGUUAUCAGGCUCUACAGUCUAGGGGUGGUAGAUUUAUUUUACCUUUAUGCUUGGGAAAAGGACAGUAAGGUGUGCAUAACAUUCUGUGUAACAUAUAAUUUUGUGUGGUACAGGCAUUGGAAUUAAUUUUUACUUAUAUAAAGAAAGUAUUUAAGAUUUAAAUCUUAUUAUAAAUGCUGACAGGCACUAAGAGCACAUGUGUUAUAAAAUCUUUUGCCACCUAAAUUAUAAAAUGAAAAUAUUAACAUUGGUUUUGACAACAACCUCCUAGCCUUCAAACUGUACUUUAAAUAUUCAAACACACUGAUUAUAGCAAGCAAGACUUUCAUUUUAUUUCUGGCAAGUUUGGUUUACUCUUUCAUGAAAUUUUGUUCUUCUGUAUUAAUAAAUAAUACAUAAAAAUUGAAACUGGAACUAUAUUAUACUUUUUAACCAAUCUCUUACAGCUGCACUCAUAUGUAAUUUACUUCAGUUAAUAUAAGAACUAAGAUACUAAUCUCAUUAACAUGAGAUGAAGUUAUAAUUAACGUGUAAAACCGUGUAUACUUGGUGAUUUUGUAAUGUAAGUGAAUUGAUUCUUAUUUUACUGAUACUAUUAAUCAUGCAGCAUAUAAUUAAAUUCAUGCUACAUUUACCUUGGAAUUGGAUUUUGAAGAACUCAGCUUUAUGUAAUGGUGGUAUACAUGUGGGGUGGAGAACUUAUUUUUUCAUUUUGUCAAAAUAAAUAUUCCCUGACAAGUCUUCAGGAAAUACGCUGUUAUGAGAUUUUUAAUGUAUAAUAAAGUCUAUGAUUUUUGUACUGUCAUUUUUGUAUGAAAUAUUUGACAUACGUUUAUGAAUUUUAUUUCUCUAAUUUCAAAUGAUGCUUUUAAACAAUUGGACUUUUUCUUAAUUUGUUGUGACACUAUAAGUACACAUCUAGCCCAUUGCAAGUCCAUAACAGCUAAAAUAAAAAAAAAAUUGUCACUUAUUGAAAGUAAAACUAAUUCAUAACUAGUGAUUUUUUUUUUAAAUAAAAGAGGAGACUUUUUAGUCAUUACCCUAGAUAUGUUAUGGGCAGUGUGACAAUGUAUACUUGCUAUGUUUGGUUCUGCUCAAAGAAAUGCCUGUAGUUUAAAGGGGCAGGUUAUUGUGUACACCAGCUUCAGUGUCUUGGGCCUGUAGUUUUAAUAUUAAUGCAUAUUCAUCCCAUGUGCUCUUCAUAGUUUCCUGUAGCACUUACCAAGAUCUUUUCUACUACUGAGAGUUUCUGUUCUUUCUUGUUAUGAAUUUUAUAAAAUGUAUA